CGAACAAAGAAAGCACGUGCAAAGAGGGGAGCGGGGAGAUUGAAAUUUGAGUCUCGUCCCCCCAUCCCAGCUGUAAAACCUACCACAUCCGUGAGUGAACAGAGAGAUCAUGAACCAGAUAAGGAAUGGGUAUAUAAUUCAAAUUCACAAUAAAUGAGAAGAAAUUUUCAAAAAUAGGAUAUACUCUAUUCAUAGUCUCCUAUAUUAUACAUUCGUAUAUAUAGUGAGAGAGAAAGGGGGAGUGUAGACAGACAGGCGCGGAGGAAGAAGAAGAGCAUAGGAGAUGGGAGGGGAAGAGAGAGAGGGAGUGAUGGCGACGGACUUCUUCUGGUCCUACACAGAUGAGCCCCACGCUUCUCGUCGCCGACAGAUCCUCUCUCGCUACCCUCAGAUCAAACACCUCUUCGGCCCUGAUCCCUGGGCUUUCCUCAAGAUUACUCUGGUUGUUUUGCUUCAGCUGUGGACUGCUACUUUCCUCCAAAAUGCAGGCUGGCUGAAGAUAUUGACGGUGGCCUACUUCUUUGGCUCUUUUCUCAACCACAACCUCUUCUUAGCCAUACAUGAGCUCAGUCACAACCUCGCCUUCUCUACUCCAGUCUACAACCGUUGGCUAGGGAUUUUUGCUAACCUCCCCAUUGGUGUUCCCAUGUCUGUGACCUUCCAAAAAUACCACCUUGAGCAUCAUCGCUUCCAAGGAGUGGAUGGUGUAGACAUGGAUAUCCCGAGCCUCGCUGAAGCCCAUGUUGUGACAAAUGUCGUCACAAAAAUCAUAUGGGUACUCUUGCAACUUUUCUUCUAUGCUCUCAGGCCUCUGUUUCUGAAACCAAAACCCCCUGGCAUAUGGGAGUUCAUCAAUUUGGUCAUUCAACUGGGCCUCGAUGCUGCCAUGGUUUAUUUUUGGGGAUGGAAAUCUUUUGGCUAUCUGAUCCUUUCCACAUUUGUUGGGGGUGGGAUGCACCCAAUGGCUGGUCAUUUUAUCUCCGAACAUUAUGUCUUUAAGACAGACCAAGAGACAUAUUCUUACUACGGUCCCUUAAAUCUUAUGACAUGGAGCGUAGGUUACCACAAUGAGCAUCAUGAUUUUCCAAGGAUUUCAGGAAGUAAGCUUCACAAGGUGAAGGAGAUUGCACCAGAGUAUUAUGAGGAUUUAGAGUCGUAUAAUUCUUGGAGCCAAGUAAUUUACAUGUAUAUUAUGGAACGUACAGUUGGGCCCUAUAGCCGGAUGAAGAGAAUGUUGUCCACAAAGGCCACCCAGAAAUCUGAAUAGGUAUAAUCAUAUUAUUAUUCUUUUCCCCUUUCCCUCUUCCUUCUAGUUUUAGUGAAGAUACUGUGAUAUACCACUACCUAUUUGUUUCUCAGUUGUCAUUAUUUGUAGAGUUCUUGAGAGGUGGUUUUAUAUGCUGUAGUUUUUAGACUAAGAAGUGAGUUGUUAAUUCAUUCGUUUCCAUGAUUUUUCUCAUCUGAUUUAAGUUGCUGGGACAUGUGAAAUGGAAAGAUGUUCUUCUACCAA